AUGGCCGUUCGUAGCAACAAACAGCUCAUGCGCCAGGUGCAGCGGCGGAUGGCCAUCGAAGUUGCACGGGCAUACAGAACGGUGGCGUACGAGGCGGUGCUGAUCCUGGCAGGAAUUCCCCCCUUCGAACUUCUGGCUCAGAUGUACGCUGAGGUCUAUCAGCGUACAAAGAGGCUCAGAGAGGGGGGAACUAUAAUUAUUGACAAGAUCAGAGUCCUGCUAAGGAAACAAGCUUGGCAAGCCCUCAUCAUUAAAUGGCAAAGGCGCCUCUAUGAUGAGAACCUUGCUGGGCAGAGAGUGGUCGCCGCCAUCAGGCCCCUCCUAAACGAAUGGCUGGAAGUGCAGAGGAUGAGGGGGACUUUCCACACGACGCAGGAUUUUUCGGGGCAUGGAUGCUUCGGCGAUUACUUAUGCCGAAUAGGUAAGGAGGAGACUGCUAGAUGUCACCAUUGUGAUGGAGAACGUGACUCGGCGCAGCACACUCUACAACACUGUCCUGCCUGGACGGAGCAGCGCCGAAUCCUAGUUCAGGAUAUCGGAAGUAAUGACCUAUCCCUAUCGGCCAUUAUCCCGAUAAUGGUCGAGAGGGAAGAAGCAUGGAGGGCAUUCGCCUCCUUUUGUGGCGUUAUAAUGUCACAGAAGGAGGCGGAUGAAAGGAUUCGCCGGGGAGAACAGCCUGCAGAAGGCCAGCCAAGAGCAAGGAGGGCGGGCACUAUGGGUCCCCCGGAUAGACGCGUAGCCGUUAGAAGGGUUACCCGUAGAAAUCACACGGGCGUGGGAUAA